GGCUGGUGGAUGAGUUGUGCCCCCGGGGUAAAGGCUGGGCGAACUCGAAGGCCCACCAAGAACAACCCACAGCAGAAUCUUCGACAGGAUGACCAACAACCCACCCGAAGAAGCAUCAAACUCAUCACCAUCAGACAGCUCGAUCUCAAGCCAAUCACCACCAGCCAACUCAGAGAGACCAACCCACACAACAGGGGAUGGCCAGGACCCAGCAAACGACUGUCGCGCGCCGAUCAGAUUGAGGAAGGGGACCCGGUAUGAGGAUGUCUAUCCGAGCACGCUUGCCUCGUCGGAGAACAAUCAUGGCCCGUCGAGCUCCCUGCACCUGGCCAGCCCCGAGUCGCCCUUCCAGCUCCAGGAAUACAUCGCCGAUCUGGUCCGUGCCGACCCGCAUGCGGUGGACAGGAUCAUCUCGCCGCCCAGUCCACUGAUCCCGCGCGAAGUCUGGGUCUACGAACAGCUCCGUCGCAUCGCGCUUGACCUCAGUUAUCCGCUCGUCUGCGCCCUCCAGGCAGACUGCAACCGCGAUAAAUGUCCGGAAAUGAAGGCCGGCGAAUGGCUCUAUCUCUGUGCCGCUCAUGCGACCGCCAACGAGAACCAAUGCUGUGCGAUCGAUUACAUAGUCCAUACCCUUGACGGGGCAACCGCGCUCCUCAACUCGGCCCGAUACUUCCCAAGCCGCUUGCAGAUCCCGUCGAGCUCGAACAAGCAUUUCACGUCGAUCGCCAGAAGAUUGUAUAGGAUCUUGGCCCAUGCUUGGUUUCACCAUCGCGAACUGUUCGAGGAAUGUGAAAUGGAGACGAGCUUGUAUGCACGGUUCAUGGGCUUGACAGACCAGUUCGAGCUGAUCCCGGAAGACCUGCUAGUGAUCCCACGAGGGAUCGAAGGAGAGAGUGAUCGUCACGAUGAAGAGGAUGAGUCGCCGCAGGACGACGGCUCCGAGGAGCGCGUCGAGGAGACCUUACCCACCACGCCUGACGACCAGCACCAACAAGGCUCGUUGGAUCAGCAGCAGCAGCAGCAUCUGGCCCCUAAUCCUAUCGUCGACCUCCUUCUGCGCGCCUCUGAUAACCCCGCCAUUCUCGACUCUUUGGUCGAUAAACCCGAGUUGGAAAAUGGCCAUGUAGAACUCUCUACUACAUGAUCCUCUCGCGCUCUCGCUCUCUCUCUCUCUUGGUCUGUUGAUCACUCUUUGCUGAUCAUUUGUCUGGAUCAUAGCCGGCCAAUCAUCUGGAACCUUCCUUUCUUUCAUUUCGUCUGUAAUCCUUGCUCCCUUUCUAUCGUUCUUGCUCUUGAUUAUCAUCUUGCUUCCGUUCUCCCCUUUCUCUUCCAGUUAAACCUGAUCUUUGCCUUUUGAUGAGUCUGACAUUAAGAAGAGUGGGAAAAAACGUCGUAGUGAUUUGCGGUACGGUGCUUGAAAUGACCUCUGAUAUGAAUAUAAGAAACUUGGAAAGUUAGUGUCUAGGAUCUCAACUGAAGAUGGUCGUCUGGGUUGGAUUCAUCACGAGUCAAGACUGCGGAGACUUUUUUGUUACGUAUUUGGUUACAUAUCGCUAGUGCAGUG